GCUUCUGAAUCGGCGCGGGCGCAUUCAGAAACGACUAGUAUCGGUCGAAGCACGUGUGUUGUUGAAUAAUAUUAAUGAACUUAUAAAAAUAUCAAAAUGAUGCUCGCAGGAGCUGAGAUUGUGGAAAGUGUGAGUUAUAAAGCUGAUACCGAGAAUGCUGAGGUUAUUGCCCCGGGUUCUUCUCAGGACAAAGCCCCGGGACUCGCAAAGCUUCCGACAAAGGAUCCCGUGGACAUGCAGUUUACAAAUAUUACAUGUACUGUCAAUCUCGGUAUAAACAAAGGAAGCAAACAGAUUCUUCAUGGGGUGAACGGCAGAUUUCGACCAAAACAGCUUAUUGCGAUCAUGGGUCCAUCUGGGGCUGGCAAGUCAACACUGUUAGAUGUUAUAUCAGGAUACAGAAUCACUGGUGUGGGUGGAGCUAUAUUCAUUAAUGGAAGAGGAAGAAUUAUGAAAAGAUUCAAGAAAAUGUCGUGUUACAUUCAACAGGAUGAUCGAAUUCAGGGACUGCUUACAGUAGGCGAAAACAUGUCUAUCGCCGCUGAUCUUAAACUACCUACCAAAUUAGACAAGUACGAGAAGGGUGAAGUGAUAGAAGAUAUCUUAACAAAUCUCGGUCUUUAUGAACAUAUGAAUACUCGAGGAGCUCAGUUGUCGGGAGGCCAACGCAAGAGAUUAUCUAUCGCUUUGGAGCUUAUCAAUAACCCUCUAGUUAUGUUUUUAGACGAACCUACAACGGGUCUGGAUAGUUCGUCAUGCACCCAAGUAGUCCAACUCUGCCGCAGCCUUGCCCACCAAGGCCGUACCAUUGUUUGUACAAUUCAUCAACCCUCCGCCUCUCUUUUCGCGUUUUUUGACCAGGUUUAUGUUCUAGCAGCUGGAAAAUGCCUCUAUCAAGGCACCACAAGAAAUAUGGUCCCAUAUCUCGAAGAAGCUGGAAUUCCAUGUCCCAUAUAUCAUAAUCCGGCUGAUUACAUUAUUGAAUUAGCGUGUGGCGAAUACGGUGAAGAUAAAAUUGAUGUUUUGACCAAUAAAGCUGAAAAUGGAAAGGCACUACAAUGGUUUGAUAACUGGGAGUCCAUAGCAACCAUGGAAGCCCUCAGGAAACAAUAUCCUUUAAGUGUGAUGAAAGAACAAGAUUCUGGAAGUAGUAUAGAAGAAACUUCACAAUCUAAUCAGAGAUCGGUACUCAUUAAAAGAGGGUUUCUGAAGGCGAAACGUGAUCCUACUAUGACACAUCUUAGAAUAAUGGUUAAUAUAGUGGUUGGAAUUAUGCUGGGGGCGUUAUUUAUUAAUGCUGGAAAUGAAGGCUCUCGAGUUUUUGAAAACUAUAAUCUUCUAUUUGCUAUUCUUAUGCACCAUAUGAUGUCACCUAUGAUGUUAACUAUCCUUACUUUUCCUUCGGAAAUGUCAAUUUUGUUGAAAGAACAUUUUAACCGUUGGUACUCUUUAGGAUCUUACUACAUAUCUAUCAACGUCGUCGACUUGCCUAUUUCGAUUAUAUCAUGUGCCAUAUUUAGUGUAAUAGUUUACAUGAUGUCAGCCCAGCCGCUUGAGCCGGGUCGAUUCGCAAUGUUCUUUGCCAUUUCCAUCUAUACUGUGCUUGUUGCACAGAGCUUUGGGCUCAUGGUCGGAGCUAUUUUCAAUGUUGUUAAUGGCACUUUCCUGGGGCCAACUUUAUCAGUUCCAAUGAUGAUGUUUGCCGGAUUUGGAGUAACGUUACGAGACCUUCCACCUUAUUUAUAUUGGGGAUCAUAUGUGUCCUAUCUCAGGUAUGGGCUGGAGGGAUAUAUUGGUGCUAUCUACGGGCUUGACAGACCUACUUUGGAAUGCAACGAAGCUAAAUAUUGCCAUUACAGAUACACACGCACGUUUCUUAAAGAUAUUGCCAUGUCUCCUAACAAUUUCUGGUGGGAUAUCUUAGCACUGACAGUUACUCUAUUUGUUCUUAGAACAGCUGCUUUCUUGCUCCUCAAAUGGAAAUUGAGUGCUGUUCGAUAAAGCAACUGACUAGAUAUAAGUAGGUUUAAAGACAAACAAAAGGCAUUUACAUUAAUCGAUGUAGCUCAGUCGGGUGUAAUUGUAAUAUUGGUGUCUAAAAUGUUAUUGAUAUAGCAAAUAAGUGGAGUGCUUUGUAAAUUGUAGAAAAUGUUAUUUUUGUUAUGUACAUGAAAUAUGUUUUGAAUGAGUUUUGGUAAGCGUGACUGUGAUAAGGGCAUGCUUUUCAUUUAUACAAAGUGGUAAGUUAAUUUAUUUAUCUUAUAGCUUUAGGUACAUUAUAACAAAAUUUUAAGGCUAUAUCUAUCAUUUACACAAAUAGAUGUCACGUAUUUCUAGGCCAUCAUGUUGUUUCUUUUAUGGUAUAUCUGUUAACCGUGGUUCUGUGAUAAAUUAAUUAUCCUUAAUGAAUUUUUUUCGAACAAUUUAACAAAAUUUUAUUUUUUUUCCAUAUUCAAUCAAUGUAUGGCUAUAUUAUCAUUAAAACAUUUAAAUAUUAAA